GAAAUAUAGAUUUUACAGUAGUUUUGGGUUACUUAGUUUGUCGGUCCGGCGCGCAGCGACGGCGCGUGGGAGGGGAAAAAAUACCACCUCGCAGCUUAAUCCCCCCCUAUUCUCUUCUAUAAUGGACGAUUCCGGAGUGAGUCGGUGACGUAGGGACCCUGUGAAGCUAUUUAUAGGAUGGGGAAACUCUACUCUUGAUGCGUACGUUCUCGAAAUUUCCAAAAUGGCGGCCAGUAGAAGCGGGAAACGGCGAGCAGAGCCUCCGGCAGCAGUUGAGUUCAAUGACCAAGCGUUCGCGUGCGAAGUUGAACAUAUCUCUGGCUGGACAUCAGACGAAAUUGACCUGUUGCUUACGGAAUACAGCGUUCCAGAUCAUUGGAAUGGAAUUCUGACCACAGCAUUGUUGGAGACAAUCAGAUAUCGUAUUGAGCACUCGACCACCAAAAGCUACAAACGUGAUUUCCCACCAAUAUUUUCUGCCCUCAACCUCAACUUGCCUACCAGCACCAACUUAAAUGGACUACUCCAAAAAGUACAACGACAUGUAGCCAAAUCAAAACGAACCCACACCACAGUAGACCUCCUCCAAGAAGUGCCUGAAUUUGCAAAACACUAUAAGAACACCAUUGGACCACACUGUGAAAAGAGCAGAUUAACACCAGACUCACUACUUCAUCAAACAGACUUCAGUGCACAAAACAUCAACAAUGCAAUGAUCAUUGAACUAAAUUGGUUCAGGGAGACUUCAAACACAACCUGGCAAACAGUUCGGGACACAUGGUGGCCAAAUCUGUUUUCAGCAGAUUUCAGUCCUCCACAAAUUGGCACUAUUCAGACUAACUGGCACAACUUGGCUCUAAAGCGACAGAAACUACGACAUGACCCACUUAAGGAUUUUCUGGAAACAUCUUACAGAGUUCCAACCCCAAGACCUCCAGCACAAAGUAUUGACAGCCAAGAUAACGAUGAAGAUGAAGAUGACGACUCAGAUCUGGAAUUUUAUGCAGACUUGAUUUCAGAAAACACUCUUGACCAUAUGGGUAACUGUAUGGAAUAUUUGACAGACCUUUGGCAGGAGGAGGUUGAAGACAAUCAGAAAACUCAAAAAGUGUUAAGCAGAGUAUCAAAAGCAUUGGAAGAUGCGAAAGCAAUAAAUCAUUCUCUGAAAAUAGAGCUUGGCAGUUUGCAAAAUAAGAAUGUGGUACGACGCUUACAAAGAAGAAAGCAAGAUUUGGAAGAAGUGAAAAAGACCAAUCAAAGACUUAACAAGAAAAUAGAAAAGCUAGAGGAAAGAGUGAAAAUGUUGCAAAAGUCAAAGAAGAACAAAGGUGAUUCCAGAAGAUAUUUCAAGACUAAUCGUGAUGAAAGUGACAAAGCAAAGCAAACCUUAAUAAACAGGUGA